AUGAGCGGUUGGGUUGUCAUCAUCAUAUUGGCUAUCGCCGUUGCAGCUGGCUUUGUAGGCUGGUGGUUGACGCCGAAGGGAGAUCAACAGACGCUUAUUCGGACGAGCAUCCUUCUCACCAUUGCUUGCUGCUACUUGAUGUGGGCCAUCACUUACAUGGCCCAGAUGAACCCAUUAAUAGCUCCGAGACGAUCGGAUCUUCGGUUCGACACGGCGGAGAGACGAAGUUUAUAG